AAUGGGAUCCUGGGGUGCAUCAAAGAGUGUGGCCAGCAGGACGAGGGAGGUUCUCCUUCCCCUUUACACUGCCCUGGUGAGGCCUCAUCUGGAGUACUAUGUCCAGUUCUGGGCUCGCCACUCAAGAAAGAUGAAGAGCUACUGCAGAGAGUCCAGCGGAGGGCUACAAGAAUGAUGAGAGGACUGGAGCAUCUCCCUUACGAGGAGAGGCUGAGGGAGCUGGGCUUGUUCAGCCUGAAGAAGAGAAGGCUGCGAGGGGACCUAAUAAAUGCUUAUAAAUAUCUGAAGGGUGGGUGUCAGGAGGAUGGGGCUAAGGUCUUUUCAGUAGUGCCCAGCGACAGGACAAGGGGCAAUGGGCACAAACUGAGGCACAGGAAGUUCCGUCUGAACAUGUGGAAGAACUUCUUCCCUCUGAGGGUGACGGAGCACCGGAACAGGCUGCCCAGGGAUGUUGUGGAGUCUCCUUCUCUGGAGAUAUUCAAGACCCGCACAUGGGAGAAAGCAGGAAAAAAAUUUUUUGAGGCUGCUUCUAAAGGGGAUCAGGUUGCAACCCAGUCUCUGACGACGUGGCGAUUGGUUAAAGACUCACUAGCUCAGCUGCAGGCAGAUAAAAAAGCAAAAGCUGCUGCUGCGAGUGCUACCGACCCCAAGCCGCCUUCUUGGCCAGUGUCGCCUCCUACCUUCCCUCUGCCCACGGCACCACAACUCCCCCCUACUGAAGGGGCUCAGCACACUGCGGGAGAAUCGGUCGAUCCUGCAUCAAUACCUCUCCCUGAGUCUCCUCAUUCCUCAUCACCUGAGCCUCCACUGAUUGACUUGUCUGAUACGGGGGGUACUGGGAUGGAAGAUACAUGUUGUAUUAAUAGGGCCGGGGCACCUGAGUCUUCUGUUGUUACUGAGUUGUGUAGUGUCUCCCCCACGCGUGUAACUAUUGCUGGUUCUGAUCCAGCUAAAUUCUGGAAACACCUAUGCCAGCAGGCUUGGGACGACGGUGAUGUUGAAACAGCUAAGGUAAAGAGGGUGGAAAUAGCUGCUUCUCCGGUUUAUCAGGCUGGCGGUGCAGCAGGAGAAUGGGAACCUUUUCAGCGGGGAGUCAUCAAGGAAUUGCGUUCAACAUGCAUGCAGCGUGGCCUAGGAUCCCCGUAUGCUCCGUCACUGUUACGCUCAAUAUUGACCGCUGAGCUCACACCACGUGAUUGCAAGGGUAUCGCACAAGCCACCUUAACCAGAGCCCAGAGCCGUGAGCAGGGGCUGGGUCCAACAGACCCUGAGCAGGAAUCGGGUCUGUCCCCACCCCCGGCUCGCUGA